GCCGGAAGACUUGGACGGCUGCGACCCUGAGUUCAUCCAGGACAAGAUCGACAAGGAAAGCGGGAAGGUGGUCCUGACGCUCAAGUACCCCGACGUCCUGCCGGUGCUCCAGAACUGCGCCUGCGCCGCCACACGCCGGGAGAUCACCAUUGCUAGGGACACGGCGUACGGGAACAACCUCGACCUGGUGGCACAGGGCAUCCAGCUGCGGAAGCGCAGCGCCGCCAUCCUGGGCUACCCCUCCUGGGCGCACUUUGUCACGAGCUCCCGGAUGUCCGGAUCGCCCGAGAGGGUGCACAGCUUCCUGGGCGGCAUCAAGGACAAGGCAGCGCCGGGCGCUUCGGCGGACAAGGAGCGCCUGCGGCUGCUGAAGGCCGCGCACCUCGCUGAGCGCGGGGAGCUGCCCGCUGGGGGGGAGGGCGCCGUGCGGCUGGAGGCCUGGGACACCGGCUUCUACAACUCCCUGCUGCUCAAGCGGGAGUACGGCGUGGACCACGAGGCUAUUCGGAAGUAUUUCCCCUGCCCCGUCGUGGUGGAGGGCACGCUGGCGAUAUACCAGGAACUGCUGGGCCUCAAGUUCACCGAGCUCAGGCAGUUCGACACCUGGCACCCCGAGGUGCGCCUGUUUGUCGUGCACGACACCGCCACCGGAGCGCGCCAGGGCCACUUCUACCUGGACCUCCACCCGCGGGACGGGAAGUACGGGCACGCGGCCAUCUUCCACAUCCUCAAGCGGAGGCGAGCUGAGGACGGCGGGCAGACCCCUGUCGACUGCAUGCUGACGAACCUGCCUGCCCCGUCGGCGGACGGGAAGCCUGCCCUGCUCCGGCAUGACGACGUGGUCACUUUUUUCCAUGAGUUCGGCCACAUCAUGCACGGGCUCUGCGCGGAGGGCCCGGGCAACGGCACGACCCUCGCGAAGUGCCCGCGGGACUUCGUGGAGGCGCCGUCGCAGAUGCUGGAGAACUGGUGCUACGAUAAGGACGUCCUCAAGAGACUGUCCAGGCACGUCGAGACGGGAGAGCCGCUCCCGCAGGACCAGAUCGAGAAGUUGAUCGCGGCCAAGAACGUGAACGAGGGUCUGAUGAUGCUGCGGCAGCUCUACCUGGGGCUGCUCGACCUCACGUGGCGGAUUCACGGCGAGAGCCCGCCGGCUGACGCGGAGGGCUUGCAGGCUUUGGUGGACCGCCUGCGUCCCGAGGUGUCGUUGAUGGAUAAUCCUUCGGACUGCAACAUGCUUCGAAACUUCGGGCACCUGAUGAACCAGUACUCCGCCGCUUACUACGGCUACCUCUGGGCUGAGGUGCUCUCCGCGGACAUGUUCGCCUCGCGCUUCGAGAAGGACCCGUUCUCCAAGGAGCACGGCAUGGCCUACCGCAAGCGCAUCCUGGCGCCCGGCGGCGUCGGCAGCAUCUCGGAACACCUGGAGACCUUCCUCGGGCGCGCCCCGACGCAGGAGCCCUUCCUGCGGUCGCGGGGCAUCCUCCGAUGAGCCCUCGCCCCCACGCGGGGGGGGGCGCCCGGAAGCGCCGGCCUCGCGGUCUCGGCGACGGGCCCCCCGGGGCGCGCGGCGUCCAGGGGCGCCGCGCGGGGUCCCUGCGCUCGCGGCGCGGGCCCUCCUCCGCCGCCGGUCCUCCCAGGCCUCGCCGCCCCUCUCAUGCGGUCGCACGGACACGUUCUGGGCGGGGCAUCCGCGACAACAACGCCCCGUAUCCGAGGGGGCGCGACCCAGGGGCCAGGCCCGCUCGGCCGUGGAUGCCGAGAAGGGCUCCGCCCACGACAUCCGCUCUUCCUUCUCCCCCCGACGAGGGGAGGGUGACAGACGGCAUUUCAAGCAGGUGGCCCCGCGGCCCAGCCGCAGAGGCGAGAGGGACGCGGGCGUCGGCCGCCCUCCCUCUACGUAGGGGUGCCCGAAGACAGGGGCCCAUGCGGUAG